ACAAACCACCUCUCCUUCUCCGUAGCCGUCUCGAAGACGCAUUCACCCCUCUUUGCACUUAUAUAUACAGCCCCUCAUCUCCUCUUCUCCUCACAAUUAUCUUUCUCUUCUCAUCAUAUACAUACACUUUUCUGUCUCUAUAUUUUCAUCAAUUUCAAGAUGCAAAUCUUUGUGAAAACCCUCACCGGAAAGACCAUCACCCUUGAGGUCGAAAGCUCCGACACAAUCGACAACGUCAAGGCCAAAAUCCAGGAUAAGGAAGGCAUUCCCCCAGACCAGCAGAGGUUGAUCUUCGCUGGCAAGCAACUUGAAGACGGCAGGACCCUUGCCGACUACAAUAUCCAGAAGGAGUCAACUCUCCAUUUGGUCCUCCGUCUUCGUGGUGGUAUGCAGAUCUUCGUCAAGACUUUGACAGGGAAGACCAUCACCCUUGAAGUCGAGAGCUCUGACACGAUCGACAAUGUCAAGGCCAAGAUCCAGGACAAGGAGGGUAUUCCCCCAGACCAGCAGAGGUUGAUCUUUGCUGGUAAGCAGCUUGAGGAUGGCAGGACCCUUGCCGACUACAACAUCCAGAAGGAGUCAACUCUCCACUUGGUCCUCAGGCUCCGUGGUGGUAUGCAGAUCUUCGUCAAGACCUUGACAGGAAAGACAAUCACCCUUGAGGUCGAGAGCUCUGAUACGAUCGACAAUGUCAAGGCCAAGAUCCAGGACAAGGAAGGUAUUCCCCCAGACCAGCAGAGGUUGAUCUUUGCUGGUAAGCAGCUGGAGGAUGGAAGGACCCUUGCUGACUAUAACAUCCAGAAGGAGUCCACUCUCCACUUGGUCCUCAGGCUCCGUGGUGGUAUGCAGAUCUUUGUCAAGACCUUGACCGGAAAGACUAUUACUCUUGAGGUUGAGAGCUCUGACACCAUUGACAAUGUCAAGGCUAAGAUUCAGGACAAGGAAGGGAUCCCUCCAGACCAGCAGAGGUUGAUUUUUGCUGGCAAGCAGUUGGAAGAUGGCAGGACCCUAGCUGAUUACAAUAUCCAGAAGGAAUCAACCCUUCAUCUUGUGCUCCGUCUCCGUGGUGGUAUGCAGAUCUUUGUCAAGACCUUGACCGGAAAGACUAUUACUCUUGAGGUUGAGAGCUCUGACACCAUUGACAAUGUCAAGGCUAAGAUUCAGGACAAGGAAGGAAUCCCACCAGAUCAGCAGCGUUUGAUCUUUGCUGGAAAGCAAUUGGAAGACGGCAGGACUCUUGCUGAUUACAACAUUCAGAAGGAGUCUACACUUCACCUUGUGCUUCGUCUGCGUGGUGGUAUGCAGAUCUUUGUUAAGACUCUGACUGGAAAGACUAUCACCUUGGAAGUGGAGAGCUCCGACACCAUUGAUAAUGUGAAGGCCAAGAUUCAGGAUAAGGAAGGUAUUCCUCCAGAUCAGCAGAGGUUGAUCUUUGCUGGUAAGCAGCUUGAGGAUGGAAGGACCCUUGCAGAUUACAAUAUCCAGAAGGAGUCUACCCUUCACUUGGUGUUGCGUCUUCGUGGUGGUGAUCUCUAAGCCUGUUGGAAGCGCCCGUGGCUGUGGUUUCUGAAAAGAAGUUUGUGUUUCUGUUGAACUUGUUUGUUUUAAAUCAAAGUUUGUUUUAGUGUUUUCCCCUGUGGGGGAAAGAACAAUGUGUUGUGGUGGCUUUAAGUCUUAAUAAAAGAUCAGUUUAAUAAGUA